AUGGGGACUCAAAAACCAGGAGAAUGGGCGAACACCCUCAUUGUAAGGUUCGAAGAACAAUUGCCAUAUAAAACUGGUGCUCAGAAUCUCCACUCUCGCAUAAAUGAGGAGCAAUGCAAGGCUUGUUUGGUGCAGAUCAGCCGACACAGGUUUUCCCUUGUUAUAUCUGGCCUCACAAAAAUACUUCAGAGAGUUAAUGAAUUGUACCAGCCCACCCUAGCAACAUGUGUAACUCGGCCUCUAACAGAAAUAGAAAAGGGUUAUCAUGAUAGCUUGGUAAUAGUUCUAGAUACAUUAGAGAUAUGCCUCAGUUCACAGCCCAAAGAUACAGCCAAGUAUGAAGAGGCAAUGAAUGUUAAGAUAUUGUUGCGGGAAGUCUGUCAGUUUAUAGAUAUAAAAAAUGAAGCAAACAUCCACAAUACGCUAUUACGUCAACUGGGCAGCAAAGUAUUAUUUGCAUUAAGCUUGAAUUUCUUUAACGCUGUCUUUAAUAGAAUCAGCGCUAGAUUACAGGAACUUGCAACUAGCUCAGAUGAAAACCCCGACUAUAUUGAUAUAGAACUGAUACAACACAUUAAUAUUGAUAUAUUGAGGCUUAUACGGCUUUUUACAGAAUGUAUUCAAAAGUUCAAAUUAUUAAGAAAAUACACGCCGACAGUGUUGGUUAUGUCGCUCGAGAAAGCAGUAUGGAAUUGGAUGGAUACAUAUCCUCAGGAAUUUCUUCGCAUACAAUCACGGCCUAACGAAGAAUUAAGUAGAUGUUGUGAUACACUAUUCGAUAUAUUACAAGAUAGUUAUUCGGAGAAUAAGAAGACCCGGGCUGCGAUGUGGCCUCUUCAGAUUAUGUUGCUGAUUUUGAACCCUAAAGUUUUAGAGGAAAUCGUGAAUGCGGAUAGUGGCGCCCCCUGCAGUCCACGGCACUCUAAGAAGAAACACUUUAUUGAUGCUGUCAAACGGGGAUUGAGUCCACAGAACAACUCAAAACAGAUGACGGAAGCAGCCGUUCUUACUUGUGUCAAACUUUGCAAAGCUUCCACUUACAUUAAUAUAUCGGACUCUGGGAAUGUCACUUUUGUACUUGUGAAAUCUGUCAUCAAUGACCUGAAGACGCUACUGUUCAACCCCUCGAAAGCCUUCUUCCGAAGCAAUUACAACACGAGUUAUUCGGAUUUAGACCUAAUGACGGAUUGCUUUGUCUCGCUGUUCCGAAUUAUGCCGCAUACAAAUGACGCAAUGAAAGUCUGCCUAAAUUUGAACAGCAAUAGUUUCUACCAUUCGGUUAUCGUCAACUCGCUGUUGAGGAUAAUAAACCAGCCACGCCUACCAUGGUGGCCCCAAAUAGAGUUGCUAUAUCCUCGCGCUGCGGAGUUGCGUACAAUGUUCACGGAUACCUUGAAUAAGGCAACACAGGGAUAUAUUGCACAUACGCCAUUACGUAUGAUAUCAUUGUCAUUGAAGCCGAAAGAGAGUAAAAUAGAAGAAAUACCAAUGUACAAGACAUUGUUAUUGUAUUUGGUGAAGCUGAUACACGCAGAUCCGAUGCUGAUGCUGAGUAACCCGGGACGUUCAGGUGUAGAGAUACAGUCAGCGACCACGGAGCUUAUUAACGGUUUAGUAUCAUUAGUACAUCACACCGACAUGGGGGAAAUAUCGCAGGAAGCUAUGGAUGCUUUACUGUCACUGCAUAAACCUGAUAUGGUAACGAUGUGGAACCCUGAAGCACCCCUCAAUACUUUUUGGGAUAUAAGCUCUCAAGUAGUCUACAGUAUUAGUCAAAAGCUCAUACAACGUCAAAUAAGCAAUUACAGAGAAGUGUUGCGUUGGCUUCGGGACGUACUCAUCUGCAGAAACGAGUUUUUAUCUAAGCACAAAGAGUACGCCAAUGUUGGAUCUCAGAUUCCAAUUUGCAAACAGGCGCAUAUUAAGUUGGAGGUGGUAUUUCUCAUGUGUCUCUGGUCCAUCGACUCGGAAGCGGUUCUAGUAGCGAUGUCCUGUUUCGCCUUGCUCUGUCGUGAAGCGGAUAUAAGGUGUGGCGCAGAUGACUUGUCCACGCACUGCCUGCUGCCCAAUUACACAGUCUUCCAGGAGAUAGCUCAGACCUCUACGGUUUUGACGACAUCGUCUAAGGAUACCGGAACUCGUUAUCCCAAUAAUAUAUAUAGUACAGCCUCCCUUCAAAAAAGGAUAAUGGCGCUGCUAAGGAAAAUUGAACACUGCGUGAACGGUAUACAACCUGUUUGGGAGGAAACGUUUCGAUGUUGGGAUUCCCUGUGCAAGUUACUCCAGAAGUAUCCCAAAGGGUUUGGGAUGAUGGAGGAUGGAACCGAACCACUCCAUAGAGCCAAAAGGCGCGUUUCACAUCACACGAGCGCGGAACAUGACUUCGAGAUGCAAAUACAGGAGUGGGCAAAUAUAACGUCAUUUUUGUGCGCCUUGGGUGGCGUGUGCUUACAACGAAAACCUACUACUGUAUGGGCACUUGGUCAAGAUUCAAGAAAAUAUCAUGUAUUAGCAAAUAGUACACAAGAAGUACAAUACUGUCCUGUCACUCAAUUUAUUGGCCAACUUCUCCGUCUCCUACUGUGCAAUAACGAACGCUUCGCAGCUCACAUACAAUGCCACGUAAAAGAACUGGUUGGGAAAGAAAUGUCUCCAGCCCUGUAUCCCAUACUAUUUGAUCAAAUUAAGGCAAUUGUUGAUAAGUUUUUCGAUCAACAACAACAGGUGGUUUUAACAGAAAUGAACACCCAAUUCGUGGAGCAUACGAUAUUUAUAAUGAAGAGUAUUCUCGAUAAUAACAAUGGUAGCAAGGGGGUGGGGCAGCCUGAGCAUCUCAGUAGUACGUCUAUUGAGGGAUUAAUGCUGGCCAUUGUCAGGUACGUCCGUCACUUGGACAUGACAGUCCUCUCGGUGCAUAUAAAGACGAAGCUGUGCCAAGUUGUCGAAGCCAUGAUGAAGAGGCGAGAUGACUUAUCAUUCAGACAGGAAAUGAAAUUUCGUAACAAAAUGGUGGAGUACGUGACUGAUUGGGUUUUGGGAACGAGCCAUCAGAUUGCACCACCUUUGAGGGCUGAUGCUUCGUCUAUUACAAGGCAUGUGAUGUGUCCCAGAGAGCUGGACCAGGCCUGUAUGGAGGCUGUGGCUGCCUUGCUCAAAGGCCUGCCUCUGCAGCCCGAGGAGUCCGACAGAGGUGACCUCAUGGAAGCCAAAAGUCAGCUGUUUCUCAAAUAUUUCACCCUAUUUAUGAACCUACUAAACGACUGCAAUGAAGUGGAGAUAACGGAGGGUCCCGGUCGACUGGACACUUUAAGGAAAGCGACGAUUCAAGCGAUGUCCAAUUUACUCAGCGCUAACAUUGAUUCGGGGCUGAUGCAUAGUAUUGAUCUUGGCUACCAUCGUGACUUGCAGACACGAGCAGCGUUCAUGGAAGUACUUACGAAGAUACUCCAGCAGGGUACGGAGUUCGAUACAUUGGCGGAAACAGUAUUAGCUGAUAGAUUUGAACAGUUGGUGCAGCUCGUCACUAUGAUAUCAGAUAAGGGUGAACUACCAAUAGCCAUGGCGCUGGCCAGUGUCGUCAGUACGUCGCAAAUGGAUGAAUUAGCCAAGGUGUUCGUAACUUUGUUUGACGCUAAACACCUCCUCGCGCCUUUGCUGUGGAAUAUAUUCUAUCGGGAAGUUGAGGUAUCGGAUUGUAUGCAAACACUCUUCCGAGGAAAUUCUCUUGGCAGCAAGAUUAUGGCUUUUUGCUUUAAGAUAUACGGACAUACAUACCUACAUAAUUUAUUGGAGCCUAUCAUUAGUUCAUUGUUGAAACAGCCUGAGUUGAGUUUUGAAGUGGACCCAGCAAGAUUAGAUCCAAGCGAAGAUAUAGACGUUAAUCGAGCCAAUUUAAUAGAAUUGACAAAAGAGGUUUUUGAACAAAUCGUGAACUGUGCGGAUAUGUUCCCGCCACAACUUAGGAGCAUGUGUCAUUGUUUGUACCAGGUUCUAAAUAAGCGAUUCUCACAAUUCCCCCACACGAGUGUCGGUGCCGUCGGUACUGUUCUGUUCCUGAGAUUUAUCAACCCCGCAAUUGUAUCACCUCAAGAAAUGGGCAUAGUCUUUCGCCCCAUACCUUUGCAAAUCAAGCGUGGCCUGAUGCUAAUGUCCAAAAUACUGCAGAAUAUUGCGAAUCACGUGGAAUUCUCAAAGGAACAACAUAUGUUGCCAUUUAACGAUUUCCUAAGAGCACACUUCGAGACGGGACGCAAGUUUUUCAUACAAAUAGCCUCCGACUGUGAGAGCGUGGAGCAAGCGGCUCAUAGUUUAUCGUUUAUAAGUGACGCGAAUGUGUUGGCGUUACAUAGGUUAUUGUGGAACCACCAAGAGAGGAUUGGAGAUUAUUUGUCCAGUAGCAGAGAUCAUAAGGCGGUUGGACGGCGGCCGUUUGAUAAGAUGGCGACACUGCUAGCUUAUUUAGGUCCGCCGGAACAUAAACCUGUUGAAUCCACAUCAAGUCUUCUUUUCUCUUCCUACGCUCGCUGGUCUUCAAUUGAUAUGUCUUCCACCAACUUCGAAGAGUUCAUUGUGAAACAUAACAUGCACCAAAAAGAAGAGUUCAAAAGUAUCAAAAGUUUGAAUAUCUUCUACCAAGCCGGCACCAGCAAAUUGGGCAAUCCAGUCUUCUAUUUUAUUUCUAGAAGAUACAAGAUCGGAGAAGUGAACGCGGAUCUUCUGAUCUACCACGUGAUUUUGACCCUGAAGCGGUUCUGCCAACAACCCUUCGAGCUGAUCAUCGACUUCACUCACACCAACUCCGAUAACAGGUUCAGAACGGAUUUCCUCCAAAAGUGGUUUACGGUGCUCCCAGAAGUAGCCUACACGAAUAUACAGGCGUGCUAUAUAUACAACUGUAACAGCUGGGUUCGGGAGUAUACCAAGUUCCAUGAAACUAUUUUGGCGCCACUUAGGGGUAACCGAAAACUUUUAUUCAUAGACAACCACGCUCGUCUAUGCGACUACAUUGACUCGGAACAGCAAAAACUUCCCGGAGCGACUUUGGCCCUUGAGGAGGACCUCAAAGUGUUUAAUAAUGCCCUCAAGCUAUCGCAUAAGGACACUAAAGUCGCUAUUAAGGUCGGGCCCACAGCUUUGCAAAUAACAUCAGUGGAGAAGACCAAGGUGUUAGGAUUUCAAGUGUUAUUGAAUGAUGUCUACUAUGCGUCAGAAAUUGAUGAGGUAUGCUUGGUGGAUGAUAACCAAUUUUCAUUAUCAAUAGUAAACGAAGCCACUCCACUCAGCUUCAUACACAACGAUUGUGAUAAUAUCGUACAGUCCAUCAUCCAUAUACGGAAUAGAUGGGAGCUUAGUCAACCGCAAGAUUCGGUGACGGUACAUCAGAAAAUACGGCCCAAAGAUGUGCCUGGGACCUUAUUAAAUAUGGCCUUAUUGAACUUAGGGUCGUGUGAUCCGAACCUACGCACCGCUGCGUACAAUCAGCUGUGUGCGUUGACCGCAACAUUUCAUCUUAAAAUCGAGGGACAGUUGUUGGAGACAUCAGGAUUAUGUAUACCAUCAAAUAACACUAUCUUCAUUAAGUCUGUGAGUGAGAAAUUAGCACAUAAUGAGCCUCAUUUGACGCUGGAGUUUCUAGAAGAGUGUAUUCAGGGAUUCCGUGGCUCGACAAUAGAACUGAAGCAUUUAUGUCUUGAGUAUAUGACCCCGUGGCUUGCUAAUUUAGUCAAAUUCUGCAAACCCACUGAAGAGUCGAGACGUCAGAAGCAAGUGGCCCAAAUUUUGGAAAAAUUGAUAGAACUUACAAUAGAAGAAACUGAAAUGUAUCCAUCUGUUCAGGCGAAAAUAUGGGGCUCAAUUGGACAUGUGCCAGAACUUAUAGAUAUGGUCCUGGAUAGCUUCAUACAGAGGAGUGUGGACUCAGGUCUUGGAUCACCCAUGAUAGAGAUAAUGGCAGACACAGCUGUCGCGUUGGCCUCCGCCAAUGUUCAGCUCGUCUCGAAGAAAGUUAUUGGGCGAAUGUGUAGGGCUUUAACGAAACUACCAAAUAAUAUAUUGGGUCCAAUCACUCCUGCCACUGUCGUAGACAAAACAUGUCAUUCGCCGACUGCAAUGUUGGAACAGCACAUGAUGUGGGACGAUAUUGCAAUCCUAGCGAGGUAUUUGUUGAUGCUCUCCUUCAACAACUGCCUGGACGUAGCCCGACACUUGCCCUACUUGUUCCACACGGUGACCUUCCUCGUGUGUUCUGGGACCGUGUCAAUGCGAGCAGCCACUCACGGACUUGUUAUCAAUAUUAUACAUUCUCUAUGCACCUGUCAGUCUCCUACUUUUUCAGAGGAGACCCAACGUCUCCUUAUGCUGUCACUGGAUGAGUUUGCGCUUCCAAAGUUCUAUAAAAUGUUUGGAAUAUCAAAAGUGAAAUCCGCCGCCGUCACCGCUUUUAGGAGCCCAUAUCAUCGUCACACUGGUGAUUGGUAUUCCGAACACUCAUACGGCUGCAGCCAAUCUUCAUGCAUCAUGGGUCCAAUUAUGGUGACAUCGGUGACUGACAGAGAGAGAUUACCACUUCAGUCUUUAGAAACCAUCACCGAUGCCUUACUCGAAAUAAUGGAGGCUUGUAUGCGAGAUAUACCUGGUUGUGAUUGGUUGAAAACUUGGACCUCCCUGGCGAGAAGUUUUGCGUUCUGCUUCAAUCCAGCACUACAGCCAAGAGCGCUCAUAGUUUUCGGCUGCAUAAGUAAACACGUAACAGACGACGAUAUGAAGCAACUCCUGCGUAUUCUAGUAAAAGCUUUGGAGUCGUUCAACGAUAUGGCGCUUCUGGAGGCGAUUAUCAUGUGCCUGACGAGACUACAACCGCUGUUGGAUUCGGAAUCUCCCAUCCACAAAGCUCUCUUCUGGGUGUCCGUGUCUGUUCUACAAUUGGAUGAGCCGACUUUGUACGCAGCGGGACUGUCCUUGCUCGAGCAGAAUUUGCAUACAUUGGACUCGCAAGGUCAUUUCGAGAUUAAGACGCUACAACAAGUGCUGAUGGAGACACGAGAGCCCCUCGAGUGGCAUUUCAAACAAUUAGACCAUGCCGUCGGUUUGAGUUUCCGGUCCAAUUUCCAUUUCGCCCUCGUGGGUCACCUGGUGAAGGGGUACCGUCAUCCCGCACCAGCCACUGUAUCUCGUACCGCGAGGGUUCUGUGUGCAUUGCUGGCGUUGGCUGCGAAACCUGACAGGGAUAAGUUCAAGGCUACGCAGCAUACUGUGGCAUAUCUCACAGCUCUGGUCUGUGUAAGCGAAGAGGUCCGAUCUCGAUGCCCAGUGAAGCACUCGUUACCACAAUGGCUGCCUGACAACUGCGACCAUUAUUGCCCGGCCGCUGAUCAUUGCCAGUCGUCGAUAUUAACACAAGGUCGGGGUUCGUCGUCGUCCAGCCAUAGCCGACGUCAGAAAUCCUGGGAUAUGUUGGAACAAACGAUUGCUUAUGGCGGCAAAUCACCAACAGUGGCCUCAUCCAGUAAUGGUGGCCAAAGUCCACACCCAUCAAAUAUAUCGCAUCAGGAUAGUGAAGGCCGGGCGCAUAGCGUUCAACACGGAGCUACGGGCGAUGCGGCCAGAGAGAGCACGGAUGAUACACCAGACGUUGAUGAAGAUGGGCGUGAAUCUCAGGGUAGCUUAGAUGGAUCUGAACGACCUGCCUCUACCAAAUCUGGGGACAGCUUUCCCACAGAUGAAAAGCAAUCAUCUACAGAAAAGAACGGAACAGAGUACAACAGUCUUCUGGAUCCUUCCGUGCUGUCAGACUUCACUACGCAAGCGUUGGUUCUGACAGUUCUCGCUACAUUAGUUAAAUAUACGUCAGAGGAAGAUGAGAUAAGAAUCCUGUACCAAUACUUAGCUGAAGGCUCCAUUGUGUUUCCGAAAGUGUUUCCUGUUAUUCAUAGCCUGUUGGAUAUGAAGAUCAAUCAUGUCCUCAUGCACUGCAGUGAUCAAGUCAUAUUGAGCGCAGUACAAUGUAUCAUUCAGAACAUGAUAGCGUCUGAAGACGCAAGUCAGCAGCAGUUGCAUUAUAUGCAGAGUUGUGGCUUCGGCGGUCUUUGGAGAUUUGCCGGGCCUUUUACUAAGAACCAAUGCACAGCGGAAAGUAGCGAGCUGUUCGUGAACUGCUUAGAGGCGAUGGUUGAGACUUGUCUUCCGGGAGAUGAACCCCGCGUGAGGACACCGCCGCCUGACCCUGACCGAGCAGACACCGAAAGAUGUUUACACGGUGGACUUAGACCUUCGACCAUCUACUGUCCAGGUCAAGAACCCUAG